AUGGCGCUGCCUCUCCCACCUGGCUUGACGCCUCCUGAAGUUGCCUUCCUCUGUGAAAUGGAGCUCGUGACUGUUAUCCCCCGCCAGCGUCUCGAAAGUCUCGAACUGCUCGGAGGCCCGACAGCAGCUCUCUUCCCACCUCACAGAAGUAACAUCCCGCUCUGGCUCGCCCUGCUGCUGAAGCGCCAACGCCGAGCGAACAUAUCACCUCCACCAUGGCUGACGCCCACUUCCCUCUCCGCUAUCCUUGAGUUCGAAAUCGAGCACUCCAAGGAAGCAUUCUCUCCGCCCCCGCGAUUAGCACCUUCCGCCGGCAGCAACAACACGAGUCCGCCGUUUCUGCUGUCUGCCACAUCCGAUGCGCCCCCAGAAGCGCUACCUUACCACUGGCUUGAACUAGGGGAGAUACUACUUGAAGCUGCGCCAGAUGAUUUCGAAGAACCCGAUCAGGUGAGAAGGCUUAUGCGGGAUCUAAGAGAAGUUAGGACUGCCAAGUUAAGGGCUGGCGUUGCAGUCCUGGACGCAGGAGGCGGCGUCAAAAUGAACGGGGUUGGUGGCAUGGAGGUCGCGGAGGGAAGAGCGUUCAUUGGAGGCGUAAUUGACGGGCUAAGGAAGAUUGGUGCGUCCCGUGAACAAGCGCGGCGAGAGAGGGAGGCUGAAGAACGUGACAACGGCUACGCGGGCACGGCUGAAGACGAUGAAGAUGAGAUGGAUCUGUAG